AUGGCUUCCGCGACACCUGCAACUCCAUCAACAAAAGAAACAACUAAUUAUGCCAGGUUAUGCCGUGUUCUUGUCGAUGUGGGCACUUGUGCCCUCAGGGAUUGCUUUGAUGCCAUCUGUUUGCCACCGACUCUUAACACGGUCUUGGCGGCCAGUCAACCCGUAUUGCAUUCUUUCAGGUCGCGAAGAAUCAUCAAUGCAACACAAUGGGGAAAGCUUUUUCCUGCAGUCCCUGCAUCAGUAUCUUCAAGAGAUUUCGACAUCACUUUACUCAUUAUUCUAUUAAGGAACAUAUGUGGUCUGGCUCCACCACUCACGGGAUGGGACGCCCUGCCUGCGACCACGGACGUCAGCCGCGAAGCAGACAUUGCACGAGUCAAAUACUUCAGAAAUACAGUGUACGGUCACGCUGAACACGCUUCUGUUGAUGAUGCAACAUUCAACAAACACUGGAAGGAAAUCCGGGACACCCUGGUGCGACUGGGAGGAGUUACCUAUGAGGUAAAAAACUCAUUUUUUUUCUUUCAUAUUCAUUUUGAACAAGAGUUUUGAACUGCAAUGGCUCACCAAAGCACUGUUUUACAUGUUCUCCGUUCUAUUUCAAGGUCGCUAUUGACAACCUGGAAUUUUGCUGUAUGGAUCCCGAUAUGGAGUGCCAUUACAAAAACCUCCUUCAUCAGUGGAAAAAUGAUGAAGAUACUGUAAAAGAUGAAUUGAAAAAAAUUGGAUCCGACGUUGAAGAAUUUAGCACGGGCAUUAAAGAAAUUGGUACCAACGUAAAAAAUCUCUCUAAGAAGCUUGAUGACUUGGUGGUAGCAACGAUGAUUCCUGCCAGGGAAGCAAAUGAUGAAGGUGAGUAUAUUUUAAGAGCUAUUGUGACAAAGCCGAAGAAUUGAAAUGUUUGCUAGCAAAAAUAAACUGAAACAAAUUGCUUUUCAAUGACAUAUGGAUUUGGCCAGGGCUAAAAGCGAAGCUUUCGAUAAUAUUUAUAGUUUGUUCAAACAAAAUAUAAAAUCGUGUAAUGCUAAGUGGCGAAGGCAACGCCGGAGAACGGUGAAAAACAACAAUAGGUCUAAUUGGCAAAAAAGUAACUUUGCAUGCACGUGCAGCACAUUUUUUUGUACAUUUCUUUGCCGUUGUUUUGCACGACUACAACGUGAAACUUCCAGAAACUUCUAAAUUACAAGUUUUUUGGAGGAAAUGUCGUACGUGUUCUCGUUCACUUUUUUUUUUUCACUGCCGCUCAUUUUCACCUUGCAUUGGUGGCCACUAGCAAUUCUCCUUUUGUCACCGCCGCUACAAAAUUUUCAUGUUGUUCUUCCAACAAAAAAAUGUCUCCUUUGUUUUUUAUCUUUUGCCCUAAAUCUCUGUCGCCCUUUUUCUCAUUGAGCUUCGCUGGCCUGCCGCCUAUACUUUCUCUUUUCCUCUGUCUUUCUCGAUCUUGCUCUAUAUUCCAAAUUUGUGGACAUGACAAUUAAUCUAAGCUUAAUACUUUAGACAACACGGAUACAGAAACAAUUUCCACUUUCCGUUUUCGGCUUUAUUGAUUAUAUAACCUAGAGUUGCAUUUGGGUUGCCAUACCUGUUGAGUUAUUCUACAUUGGUAUGCCUGUGGUGCGGACGGACGGUCGUUCGGUCGGUGUACGGUCACGUGAUUACCAAACUUUAGGGGAUGGAUAGAUUUUCUUACCCAAGGUGCUCCGCAACGCGCAAGGGAGAGCUCCGCUACUAGUUUGCAAUAGAGCAAUUGCACGAUGACGUCAUUUUACUACAACUACCAGAAUCUUCGAGUUUGUUGUUUUCUUAUGCAAAUUAAGGCCAUUGUUCUUUAAUCCUCAGCGGGAUUGACAAAUUUAAAUGAGGCUGAGAUGGGGGGUAUCGUGAGCAAGGUCUCCUGAACGAAAAAGUUUCCAGUGGCGAGAAAUAUGUCCGCUAAUAAAAUAUGUGAUGACAUCAUGACGUUGAUAAGACCACUCCUAUGUUAACGUAACAAAUCAUUCAUAUCAAAUUUUCAUCUUUAACUAAUAUAGCAGUGGUGAUUGUUUUCCCAACUUUUUGUUAAUGGCGACGCAGUUUUUGCUCAAACUUGGGAGGUAGUGUCCCUAAAAAAAUCUCGUCGAGCAACCUUACGUAACGUUAUCGUAUUUCGUUUUUCAUAAGGUAAUGGGAUAAAACCGACUGAGAUACUGGAAACCUCGUCUGUGUGCACAAAGAAAUCUCACGAGAAUGAACCUCUGACGUUUUACUGUGAACAGUGCAAAGAGUGCAUUUGUGACAAAUGUAGACGGACGCGUCACAAUCAUCACCCGACUUUGGAUAUCCAUCAAGCCGCAGAACAACACAAAAUCGAUAUUGAGGAGAUUGUAGAGAAAAUGAAGAGAGAAAUUGCUCAUUAUGAAGAGUACGCAGAAAGUACGAGAGAAUCUUUAAAAAGAAGCAGAGAAAGGAUUACUACAGUACGCAAGGAAGUAAUGACAUCUGCUCAAGAGCUCAGACGACUUCUAGAUGAACAUGAAAAAGCCAUGAAAACCAGUUUAGAUAAAAUUGAGAGGAAAGAACAGAGAGAGCACGAAGCGAAACUACAACAUUAUCAAGGUCCUAUUAAUCAGCUACAAGAUCAUGUCGAGAGGUUUGAGAACAUCUUACAGAGGGAGAAAAGCGCUGAAAUUUUGCAAGCCAAUCAUGAUCUCAUUGAAAGGUGCAGAGGUCUUUUAAAUGCAGAGAGACUGAACAUUCAUGAACCAUCGCAUACAAGAUACGAGGAAAAUAAAGAGAAUGUGGAGAAAGCGAGAAGUGCACUUUUGGCCUUGGGUAAAGUUACUGUCAUUACCACAGAUCCUCUGACGUCGAUGGGCUUACAUGAAUUUGAAUUAGGAAGCGAAAAGACAUUUAAAAUAACGACAAAUGAUGCUGAUGGGAACCGAUGCUACAAUGAACAAGAUCUGCUUAAUGUGGAAUUUCAGUCACCCUCAGGACAAGUAGUGAGACCCAAGAUUGUACCCAGCAAAAACGGUGAAUACAGUGUCACUUACAAACCAGAUAAUGUUGGAAAACAUAAAUUGCUGAUUGCGGUUAACGGUGAGCCAUUGACUGGUAGUCCAUGGCGUGUUCAUGUGACUCCACAUCGUUACAAAUAUUUAACUUCGUUAUUUAGGAAAAGACAAAAAGAAUGUGAUUGUCCCUCUUCUAUCGCAGUAGAUGAGAAGUCGGACAAUGUUGCAGUGACCUAUUAUGAAGAUAGCGUUCAGCUAUUUCAGUUACAAGGAACGUGUCUAACAGCAAUAAAGCAGAUUGGUGUACCUAGACCAACAUCAGUGGCAUUCACCAAGUCAGGUGAACUCAUAGUUGUUGCUUCUAAUAAGAUUGCAUGUUACGAUGAAAGCUAUAAAUUUAUAAAACACCUCAACAACAGACAUCUUAAGAAACCAGGACAUCUGUCUAUUGCACCUGAUGGACGCAUGGUGGUGUGUGACUCGGGUUACAAUGCAGUUAAUGUUCUGUCCUCAGAUGGUUUACGGCUGUUACUCACCAUUAGUGAUCCUAAUCAUGUUACUCCAUGGUAUGCUGUGUUUCAUCAGAAUAUGUUUUUUGUUUCCUAUCCUGAAUUAGGUAGGGUUAAGCUUUUCAGCGAGGAUGGGGUGUUUCUGUACAACAUCGGGCCUUCGGGGUCUGGUGAUGGACACCUGAGCUGUCCUGUUGGCUUUGCGAUUGACAGGUUUAACAACCUGGUGGUAUGUGAUCAGCAUAAAGCAAGACUUCAGAUAUUUACUCUUGACGGGAAAUUUUUAAAUACAAUAGAAGGACAACAAGCUGGUUUUACUGGUCCUUGCUCUGUUGCUGUGUCAAGCACUGGCCAGCUGUUUGUUACUGAUGUGGACGAAGACUGUGUGUAUACCUUCCAGUAACUGAGAACGAAUUUAAAUUAUCAUCGCACUGAAGUUAGUAACAGUACAAUUUAACUGAACCGUAAAUCAAUUUCAGUUAUUGACUUAAUCGUCCAGAUAAGUAUUUCUUUUACCUAGAAGCCCCAGGGAUACUAUAUGAUUUGUGAGGUGUUUGGCGGUGUGCCACUGGGUGACUGAAACCUAUACCAGACGAUGUCAGCUGCAUUUUACUUUCCAAUUCUGAAUAAGGCACCAAAUGUUCCUUCCCUAUCCCAGACUAACUCUAAACCAGAAACUUAUUUCUUAAACCAAAGGUCAAAUCACCAUUACUAAUACCUUAUUCUAGGCUAAAACCCUUCUUCAAACUAUCUAAAUCUAAGCUGCUUAAAAACUGUAACCAUUGCAGUGGCACAUUUCAUUAUAGCCCCUAUCCCCAAAUCAAGUCCACUACAAUAAAACAAUAGAGUUUAUGUACUAGAGCGUCAUAAAUAUGUUUUGAGCACGAAACUGGCUAGAAUUUACAAUUUCGUGUCAUUUAAGUUUUACAAAAUUAUACUAGACAUGAAAGCUUGUUUGUAAUUAUUUUAAUAGAAAUAUACAUGUGUACAAAUGUUAAACUAACAGUUUGGCAUGGAACUGGGUGCGUUGGCUUGAAGCCGCAAAACUCUAAUACAUGACUUCGUCGCCGACUAUGGAGUAUGGAGACCUAUGAAGCUACUACAAGCGUUAUUUACAUCAGCGAAGCUUCUUUGACUUUUGUAGAUCGUCUUCCCCUAGAUGAAAAUAUUGAGAAAUGACAAAUUGUCUGUUGCUUUCUGUGUUUUCAGCCAUGAUUUGGGCUUUGAAAAUGGCAUCGUGAUUUCUUUGACAAAGAAUGCAAGAAAACGGUGCAAUCAUUGCAAUGGCUUCCAGUCUCGAUUUCGACUGGCUUCUUACAUCGUAUAACUGUUUGAUCCUCUCUUUUCAUUUGUGUAUUUCAGCAGGCUGACUGAAAUAUAUUUUAGCCCGCCAAAUUCUCCAUUUUAGCCCGCAAAAUGCGCAACAAUGCCUUACAAAGUGCAUAAUAAUAAGCAUUCAAACGAGACUUCUCGGGGCAUUCCAGCAUGGAAGUUAAGAUCUUUUUAAACCAUCAUUAAAUAAACGUAUGGCCGGAUUUUUUCAUCAUAAAUAAUAUUUCAAUUCGAAGAUUUUAAAUAAUGUAAAUGGCAACACUUGUUCCUAAACGGUUGUGAUAAAGUUAAAAUGGACAGUAACCUAUGUUAUUUUUGUAAUACGGCAACCUGUAUUUACCCUAAUUGAAUCUUUAUUAAACAAGCUUAUGACUUGCAUAUAGUGUUUUUAUUUCCAGUUGGCCAGGAAAGCAGACUUUGUUCUGUGUCAGUGUUUUCUGUGCGAUAUGGUGCCUAUUCUCUUGGACCGGUCAUUAUUUAUGUACGGGGGAGGAAAAAAAAGGGAGGGGUCAAAGCUAUUUCAGAUUGGCAAGAGGAGGAGCUAAACUCUUUUAUAAAGAAGUUAAGGGGGUCAGCAGUUUGAUCGCAAGUUAUAUUUCCCAAAUUUCCAAAUAUUCAUUCUGCUCUUUGUUCCAGUCAUAUAUUUGACCAUUGUCACUGAACUGUUCACCAUAACUUUCUUCAGCUAAAACUUUUUCCUUUAAAAACCUCUUCUUCCAAACUUGACAAGUCUUUGACUCCUCGCUCACAGUUUAGUAUGGUCCAGUAUGUCUAAAGGACUUGAAAGGGAGGUUAGAUAUUUGCCAAAGCGGGCAUUAUUGUCAUCAGACAACAUGUAUUUCAGCUUCCUCUCCACUUUCUCUAUCAUGUUCUUUAUGUCCCACCUCUUGCCACGCUCCAUGAUUAAAUAAGUCUCAAAUCCUGAUUCUCUCAUAGGACAUCUUGCCUCAAACAACCUAGGUAAAAACUGGACACUGGUCUGCGCAAGACACUGAUUUUGUAAUAGAGUGCGUUACGUUCAUUGUUAUGCAAAGUAAUUGUUACAUGCAUUUUAAUAAUUACUUUGUAGAGCAUAUAAGAGGAGAUAUGAUCUUUUCAACAAAUUUUUCCCUCCCCUCCCCUACAUAAAUAAUGACCGGUCCCUUAAUAACCUGCCUCAUAGAGUUAAAAAAAAAAAAGGCCAUCUGUAUUCUGCUUUGAUCACGUGAAGCAUGCCCAUGUUUUAAGCAAGUAAAAGAUACCUCAUUCUUAGGGGCCAGGGGUACUGCAUUAUAUGGGCUAUAUAUGUAUGUGCCGCUGUGAAGGGUACGGUUUUCAAGCGGCUUACUCUGGGAUAGGUAUAUGAAUCAGAGAGUUUGGGUCCAGAAUAGGGUAUCAUUUUCCAGGAAACUGAUCAAUUGGUUGAAGUUUUUAGUCUAUACUAUGGAACUGGAAAUUGCCACUCAAAAAAUAUGAAAAAUCAAAUCGGCAAGUUUAAAUUUACGCAACUCAGCCUAAAAGCUAACAGGAUAGUGGGGGAUUUAGGGAGUUUAGUCUGAGUAGUAUAGGGUAGCAAAACUCAGCUGAACUAGCUCUGGUAUGGGCUAAGGGUUCCAGGGUCUCAGCGGAUCAUCGCCACCCAAAAAUUCCUUUAAUAAUCUGGUAGCAGAGGCCAGAAAAUAAGGCCUCCUGAAUGAUCGUGGUAGUUAGUUGAGUGGAAUUGUUGUAUACGUUUUUAGUUAAGGUUUUGAUUCCGGUCCCAAAACGACAGUACCAAAGUCUCAUCUUUUGGAGAAAAUAUUUAUCUACUUUGAAAUGCUAAGGAAACGCAUUAAAUCUUAUCUAAUCACAAUUUUUGGUGUUAGGUUUGUGUGAAAGCUAAUUGUAAGCUAAUUUUGCAAUAUUAGCCAUGAUAUGUUUUCUACUGCUGUCAAAAGGUGUUUGUAGUGAGUGGUAGAAAUUCGAAGUACGUCAGACGGCCUCCCGUCGUUUAGCGUACCCUAUACAUCCCAAUAACAGUUAUGUAGUACUUUGAUAAAAAUCAGUGGUAAGAGAUUACUUCUAUAGAUAAUGGUCUAAAAUAACCUUGGCUUGGUAUUUUCAUGCUGUGGUCCGUAAUGACUUUCAUGAUAUUUCGCUAUCCUUCGCAAAUGAAAUAAUAAAACAAUUUUCAUCGAUCUUAUCGAUAUUGAUUUAUCGUUGAUAUGUAAAUGCGCUACUACUUGGAUGAUCUCAAAAUUAUUGUAAAACGUUGAAAUAAUGGGCAAAAGGGAGAAAAAUGCUUUUGACUCUAACACCAAACUGAAUGGGAAGGCUUUUGAAACAGAACAAGGCAAGUACAUCUCAAAUCAGCAGAUGAAAGAGUUUAUAAAAGUGAAAGCCUACCUAGAUCUAUUCAGACGUUUGCUUAUCUUAGCCAACGCAAGGCACACCAACCUCGAGACGUUCUUUCGUAUGAGUUACAUGUAUCUCCAUCCCCCUGUUCACCAGUUCACAACGAUGGAAGCCUAAGAAAACCUAUAAAAAGUGACCCAUCAGUUGUGGAAGAGGGAAGUCAUUGCUGUCCAGCAAGUCUUCCAGCUCCAGCACACAACUUUAUUGCUCAUAUCAUGGAUGAUAUGGCCUUUAUACAGGUGCAUAAAUCCAUUCGAGCCAGCACAUUUAGUGCGAGCCAGUUAGCCUCCACAUACUUCAUUAUCAUUGUAGCAUAGCUUUCAAAUAGCAAUUGCUCGGCCGUUCAUCUCGUGUUUGAACAGUACUUGACAACCUCAGUCAAAGCUGGAGAGUGGUCGAGAAGAGGUGUUUCAGGUGCUCUUGAAGUCUGGAUGACGGCAGCCCUAAUACGCAGAGACUGCAUGCAUAGAAAGUGGUGUCCGAUAGCCCUGGGGCUAGUGGAUUUUGCUAUUGGAGUUGUGAAUUAUGUUUUUAACUUGCCCGUCUGACAAGUGAAGUUUUUUAGAGGAAUUCAAAUCACAGAAGAACUGUAAUCAAUCAAUUCUGUUCAUCAAAAUGUUCUGGGGGCUAGUUGAAAUGACUUUUGAGCUAGUACAUGCUACAAUCCUGGACAAAACUACUUGAGAAAAUGUUUUCAUUAAUGCGCACUACCUAACGCAACAAAACUAUUUCCAAAUCAACGGCUUUGCGUAAAAGAAACCCCUCCCCCAGUUCAAAGUUGCUUCCGCUUAGGGAUCCGGCUUUUUUGAAGACCCAACAACACUGCUUCCAGGGGAAGGGGGAGCGAAGAAUCGGUUGGCUACGAAGUUUAGAAAAAAUGCCCCCAAGUAUGCGAUUUUCUCAACAGUUUUGUCCAAGAUUGUCAGAGAUAUAAGGUGAUUCGCGUUUUUAGCAAGAGUAUUAACACGAACAAAACGGAAACCUACUAAUAAGAAAGAAAUUUACAGAGGCUGUUUUGAGCACAAAGUUUCUCGGCACACCAUCUUCUCAUGAAAAACUACGACCUCAGAUACGUUUUUGCUGCACCCUCUAAUGAAAAACAGUAAGAUUUUGCAGUAGCCGUAAAACGCGUUCUCAUUGUUACAUGUUUUCGUGUUGCUCAAACCUGGAAGGCUUGGAAAGUGUGGAAAGUGAUUUAUAGUUCUCAGAAGAGUCAGAACAAGACUUGUAGGACGGUUUUCUUAGAAGAAAAGAAGUUCGUAGUGUUUAGAAAAAACGCCCCCAAGUAUGCAAUUUUGUCCAAGAUUGUAGCUACAGUUUGCCCGAAUGGCAAGUUAAAAAUUGACGUUCUUUGCACCCUGGCCCCGUCAGAGAUGCAUUGAAGUGCAUACUAUCCAGCAAAGCCUAGGAGAAUGAAUGUGUCAGUCUCAUGUCUCUGCCAGCAUUCCGCGCCCUCACUGGCUGCGAUUCAACAAGCACCAACCCCUACACGGAAAGAGAAAACGGUGGAUUCUUCUCAAACGUAGCACGUAUCACCACAAAGCUCUCAGCCUUUUGUCUAAAACCAGGAUCCUGCUCUACGUUGCCUCUGGGAUAACUCAUGCAGGAAGUCACAUUGUCAAGGCAAUUGCUCCUGCUCCAAUUCAGGUCUGGCCUGUACAGAGGUAAGCUUGUGCUUGGCGGACGAAACGUGAAAAUCCCACGCACUGCAGCGGUGCAAUAUCUACCUGGUGACUCUGAGGAGAAAUCAGAUAUUAAUGACUUGAAGUAAACAGAGUGAGUAACCUCCCUCGUAAGCCUACGUGUAAAGGUGCUAUUAGCAGGCAGAAAAAUACAUUUCUUGUGAAUGAAUAAAAACUAAGCACUUAUAAGAUAUCCUUCUAUAAUUCAGUAGCAUCUGAGAUGGACAAAAAUUCAAAAGGAUUUCAGUUCUGUAACUGAAGCUCUCUAGCUGUUAAGGUGAUCCAGUUAGGAGUAAUCACUAGGUCUACAGGGAAGAAAAACUGAGUAAUGGCAUUGGUGCUUUUCUCGUCUUCCUGUACGUUUGCACGUUGCAUGCAUUAUUGCCAAAACGUCGAGUAUGUGCUUCGUUCGUCUAUUUAGAGCAAAAUACUGCUUGGGCGUGCAAAGUAACGGUACACCGUGAGGGUGAUGGCACGGACAGUGUACCACACGAUAUCUCCUGUUCUGCAAACCGUUUUCAUAGGCUUAUUAAGAUCUCUUCAUAAGGUCGCGAGAUCAAAAACUGAAGGAAAGAAUAGGACUUUAGGAGCUGUUAAUUUUGAUACUCAAUACGAAAUCAGGUGUGUGGUUCAGACUGCAAAGUCGAUUUUCUUGCCCAAUAAGUCAACAUUAAUUUGAAAUAAGUUUUCCGGUGACUAAAUCUUUCAUGAAUGGGGAAGAAGUAAAUUUAUUUACGCCAAAAGCGUAUUUUACCUUUACUGUACUAUCUCUGUUAAGAGUUUGUGACAUGCGCAGAAGACAUCUUUAAUAAUUAACGUGCCAACUUAGCAAAGAAUCCAAAAGAACACAAUAAUGACUGUGAUUGUGCAAAGGUUGUAGCGUUUUCUUAGCAUUUUCUAACUCGAUAAAUAUGAUUUUUCCAAAAAUGCAACUUGUGUACACUGUGGCUUUUGGGACCAAAUAAAAACCUCUUGAAAACUAAAAACCUACACCACAAUUCCACGCCACUAACUACCAGGUGUUGUUCAGGGGGUCAAGCUCUACCAUAAUCCGCUAUCAAACCUUUUCUAAUCCAUGGUUUGUGCGAAAUCCACCACUGCUACCAGAGUUUAAGUGUCCCCCCGCCCCCUGGGACAUCAUUCAAACAAAUAUAUCCAAAGGGUCGUCCAUUAAUAAACAAAGAUCAAAAUAGGAUCCAUUAACAUUUAACAAAGCGACAAUAUGCACCUUUAAGGCUCAACCUGCACUUAAUAUAACGUAUUAUAUUCUGCAAGCAGAAUACUGCAAUACUGAUCGUACUACUCUGCAAGACAUCAACACGACACCGAAAGAACUCAAAACAGAGCGGGAUUGUAGCCAUAGACAGCUGUUUCGCCCUUUUUGUGUUGAUAUCUUGCAGAGUUAAUUUUCACGUAGUACGAUCAGCAUUACAGUAUUCUGCUUGCAGAAUUUAAUAUGUCUACAUUAUUAUUUUUGCUGACCAGGUCUUUAUAGAUCCUACGUUCUUCGGCAUAAUCGUUUGCGGUCCUUUGCUGCCCUUUGUGGUUAAUUUUUGUACUUAAUAAAACAAAUUCUUUAUUUUUGGUCUGUAUAGAAAAAACGUUCCCCACCCCCCCCUCCACAGGGGUGAAGCGUGAGGUUUUGAAGGAGUACGCGCGGAAAAAAAGGUUAGACCUCCGAAGGUACUGUAAGCCGACAUCAACACUAACUUUGUUUAAGCUCAAUUUACCAUUUUCAAAUAAACAUUUAUACCAUUUCGAGCUUACUUCACAUUAAUGGCAAUCAAAUUCAGCAGUACUGUACACGGGUUAAGGAUAUCACUACUCACGUUACCAUGAAAGCCGCAUGCGCAUAGUUAGAGUUCAUGGUUCGAUUUCUCGUGACAUAAGUUAAACCCACACAAAGUAGUUAAAAAUCAAUGGAUCUGCCUUGGGACAGUCAAUGAGAAUUGCAAGUUUCACUAUUUUCCAAAGGUAACCUUUUGGAUAAGAAAUGGUUCAAACUUUGUAUAGCGCUAUCCACCGAAUAAGUGUAAAGGUCUAUUCCCGGGGGGGGAGGGGGGGUACUCCCUUAUAAGGGCUUAAUGGGGACGCGCGGCCAGACAGGGUAUGUUUUUUGGUAUUUUUAUCUUAAACAGGGUAUCGAUUUUCUCGUUUUUUUUGUCUUAAUCAGGGUAUCAAUUUUAUCAAUUUUUGUCUUAAACAGGGUAUCUUUUCUUGGACGAUAAACAGCUUGCGUGACUCUGUUGAUCAAGCUGUAAAUAGUUUUGUGAUUGCCAAUGGAUUAAAUAAGAAAGAGUUUCGAUAUUUAUUAUUGUCUUACACAGGGUAUGGUUUCGGGUUAAAUGUUUUAAACAGGGUAUCAAAAAUCGGAAUUCUGUCUUAAACAGGGUCAGGCUAUGAGGGGCCGGGCCGCACCUCCCCACCCAAGGAUAUAUCGAGUACCCCCAGGGUCUAUUAAGGAAACCAAUUGCGUUAUCCACUGGAUAGUGAUUUAGUGGUACGUGGGCGCAGUGGAUAGCGUUAUCCACCUUUCGAAGAACUGGGACCUGGGUUGAUAAAUGUUCCAGUGUGAAAGUAGUGAACACGGUUGAGAUGCAAUAAAUAAUUUCAGCCUUAAAUCAGGUAUGUCUUUAGUUCAUCCGAAAUAAAAUCUUAGACAUGGUGUCCUUUUAACGUGUUCUAUUGUUAAAAAGCAUGACUUAUAGAAAAUCUUGUGUUAGAGUCAGUCAUGUAGUGAAUAAGCGAUUCAAUUGUUUGCGCCAAUUCAGGAGGGUGUAGUCCGUGAGAACUUUGCAACACAAAAUACCGACGCAGAAGACAACAACUACCUGAAAACGGGAACUCAUUCCCUCCUUGCCUGUUAAACGUAUUUGCGGAGAAGAAAAAUGCCUUAAUUUGAUCCAAACAAUAUGCAAAGGCUGAUGAAGUCAGCUUUCAGUUUUCAUUUUCCGCUUAAUCGAUUUCAGAUCGUUUCCGCGACCAACAUUCGCGGUGUCCACGGCGAAAUUUCAGGUCUGCUUUUUACUUUUAUAACACAUGUAUUUGCUAAACUUUAUUAAAGCAACUACACAACUUUAUGGCCUAAAAUAAUAGCUUAAAAUAAUGACGAUUCAGUCUAAUAAUCUCUACUGAUGUUCGUGCAUAUUUUAAAAGUUACUUGAUGUCAAAGAAUCCGUUUAGCAUCUAGCAAGCUACUUCAAAGUUUCGGCGAUUUCUUGAUUCAAUAUCAAAGUACUACUGUAUUAUGGGAACAAAAGUAAGAGAACUUUUGCCGCCAAAAUCUUUGCGAAUUUCGAUUUCACUUGCUUGUCAACGUAAAUGCUUUUCUUGAAGUCUUGUUUGUAAUUUAAUUCCCCGGUUUAAUUGUAGCAUGACGGAAAUUUUAGACAAAACAUGCCGUUGAACGCGUCAGUCAGCCAAAAAAGCAGUACCAUCGUAAAGGACCAUUCAAUGGAAAGAUGUAUCUCUACCUUAAGCCCCGUGCAAACGGACGCAACGUUGUUGGCUAUCUCCCAACAUUGUUGGAUGUUACAUGUCGCGUCCGUUUGCACACCCUCUUGAAUGUUUUUGCGUGUUGUUGGAAGUUGUUACAUCCGUUUGCACACUACUACAUUACGAACGCAACAACUUCUGCCAUUAUUGGCUCAACAUGUUGGGAGUUGUUGCGUCCGUUUGCAUAUAGCUAAACGUUUGACCGGUUUCAAACUUUGUGCAACAACAACAGGGGUGUGCAAACGGACGAAACAUGUAACAUCCAACAAUGUUGAGUCCGUUUACCCAGGGCUUUAGAAGCCAGACUUCAGUAUACUAUAGCAAAAUUCGACUGCAAAAUAUUGUUCUCCUAGGUUGAACAUGAAUUGAGCACGGGUUCCUUUUCAUGGCUUCCGCGACACCUGCAACUCCAUCAACAAAAGAAACAACUAAUUAUGCCAGGUUAUGCCGUGUUCUUGUCGAUGUGGGCACUUGUGCCCUCAGGGAUUGCUUUGAUGCCAUCUGUUUGCCACCGACUCUUAACACGGUCUUGGCGGCCAGUCAACCCGUAUUGCAUUCUUUCAGGUCGCGAAGAAUCAUCAAUGCAACACAAUGGGGAAAGCUUUUUCCUGCAGUCCCUGCAUCAGUAUCUUCAAGAGAUUUCGACAUCACUUUACUCAUUAUUCUAUUAAGGAACAUAUGUGGUCUGGCUCCACCACUCACGGGAUGGGACGCCCUGCCUGCGACCACGGACGUCAGCCGCGAAGCAGACAUUGCACGAGUCAAAUACUUCAGAAAUACAGUGUACGGUCACGCUGAACACGCUUCUGUUGAUGAUGCAACAUUCAACAAACACUGGAAGGAAAUCCGGGACACCCUGGUGCGACUGGGAGGAGUUACCUAUGAGGUAAAAAACUCAUUUUUUUUCUUUCAUAUUCAUUUUGAACAAGAGUUUUGAACUGCAAUGGCUCACCAAAGCACUGUUUUACAUGUUCUCCGUUCUAUUUCAAGGUCGCUAUUGACAACCUGGAAUUUUGCUGUAUGGAUCCCGAUAUGGAGUGCCAUUACAAAAACCUCCUUCAUCAGUGGAAAAAUGAUGAAGAUACUGUAAAAGAUGAAUUGAAAAAAAAUUGGAUCCGACGUUGAAGAAUUUAGCACGGGCAUUAAAGAAAUUGGUACCAACGUAAAAAAUCUCUCUAAGAAGCUUGAUGACUUGGUGGUAGCAACGAUGAUUCCUGCCAGGGAAGCAAAUGAUGAAGGUGAGUAUAUUUUAAGAGCUAUUGUGACAAAGCCGAAGAAUUGAAAUGUUUGCUAGCAAAAAUAAACUGAAACAAAUUGCUUUUCAAUGACAUAUGGAUUUGGCCAGGGCUAAAAGCGAAGCUUUCGAUAAUAUUUAUAGUUUGUUCAAACAAAAUAUAAAAUCGUGUAAUGCUAAGUGGCGAAGGCAACGCCGGAGAACGGUGAAAAACAACAAUAGGUCUAAUUGGCAAAAAAGUAACUUUGCAUGCACGUGCAGCACAUUUUUUUGUACAUUUCUUUGCCGUUGUUUUGCACGACUACAACGUGAAACUUCCAGAAACUUCUAAAUUACAAGUUUUUUGGAGGAAAUGUCGUACGUGUUCUCGUUCACUUUUUUUUUUUCACUGCCGCUCAUUUUCACCUUGCAUUGGUGGCCACUAGCAAUUCUCCUUUUGUCACCGCCGCUACAAAAUUUUCAUGUUGUUCUUCCAACAAAAAAAUGUCUCCUUUGUUUUUUAUCUUUUGCCCUAAAUCUCUGUCGCCCUUUUUCUCAUUGAGCUUCGCUGGCCUGCCGCCUAUACUUUCUCUUUUCCUCUGUCUUUCUCGAUCUUGCUCUAUAUUCCAAAUUUGUGGACAUGACAAUUAAUCUAAGCUUAAUACUUUAGACAACACGGAUACAGAAACAAUUUCCACUUUCCGUUUUCGGCUUUAUUGAUUAUAUAACCUAGAGUUGCAUUUGGGUUGCCAUACCUGUUGAGUUAUUCUACAUUGGUAUGCCUGUGGUGCGGACGGACGGUCGUUCGGUCGGUGUACGGUCACGUGAUUACCAAACUUUAGGGGAUGGAUAGAUUUUCUUACCCAAGGUGCUCCGCAACGCGCAAGGGAGAGCUCCGCUACUAGUUUGCAAUAGAGCAAUUGCACGAUGACGUCAUUUUACUACAACUACCAGAAUCUUCGAGUUUGUUGUUUUCUUAUGCAAAUUAAGGCCAUUGUUCUUUAAUCCUCAGCGGGAUUGACAAAUUUAAAUAACAAAGCAAAACCGAAAUGAAUUCCGGUAGUUGUAGUCAAAUAUCGUCAUCGUGCAAUUGUCCUAUUACGUCAGUUGAGCAGCUCGCUGGCCUGGUGUCCGAAACUUUUCAAAUUGGUUUGAAAUAAUUUACUUGUUAAGGCGCCUACAGUCCAUGCACAACUAUUGACGAUGGUUUAUCAACUGAUGCAACAUAAUGGGGAGAACUUUUCCUUGCCACCUUUUCUUCUUUAAGAGAUUUCGACAUCACCUUACUCUUACGAAACAAAUGUAUUCUGACUACCCACUGGCUUUUGUACUAAUGCUUACUCGGCCGUCCUGGCUUAUAUGUACGAAUUAACACAAGCAUUAGAAAACCAUAAGCACAGCGUAGCCCCCCACGCACACGUUUUUAGGGCUAUCGUCACGCGCUCCUUUCCCACACCCUAAGAACGUCUGCGUGGGAGGCUAAAGCACGGCGGGAAGAAAACAGAACGAUAGCUAUCUUGUGUUGGUCGUGCUUAUUCUUGGCUCAAGAUGACGCCAAACGCAUAAUUUGGACGAGGCAAAAAAUAGACAUCAAUCAAUCAGCUACUCGUCGAAACAUUCCACUUUUCCGGCCAUGACUGUUCCAUAGAAUACAUUAUUCCAUAUGACCAGUAUCAGCAGCAAAUUUAAUACAGUACUUCUGCGCCAUGUAUGACAUCACAGGCAGGGCGGAUGAAUGUUGGGCGGUGAAACGAGCGCUCCGCUCUUCAAUUAAUGUGUGAUGAGGAGUAGGACUGGCACGAGCGCUCUUUCCGCGCUUCCGGUGCGCUUGAAGGCCGGCGAAAUUUUCCUUUUUGCAAACCGGAAAUCCCAUUUUCUUUCUGUAAUUUCAGGCUACAGUGUUAAAUAGAUAAAUUCGUUUCAUAACGAUAUCAAUAAACAGUUUCAUAUGUUUGUGCCUGUAUGCCUAUAAGUCAAACUUGUUGGUCGUAUAAUGCCAAAAUUUGAGUUUAAUUUGAAAGUGUUGAAUACCUCCUCCUUCCACUAAAUAUCACCUAAUCGUCUUUCGCCGUUUCGUUUGCAAAAGCUUAACACUUCUUAACGUCAAUGUUUACAUAUGUUUAAGGGGGAUAAAUUUUAUAUAACAUAACAAAAAAUUAGAUUGAUAUAUUUUGAUAUAGUGGCGUUGUACUGCUUCAAACUUUGCUUCUCGAGUGCAACGCGCCAUGGCGAUUCGCGCAAUGCGUCGCAAAUCCAGCAACCGCAUGUAAACAAAAUUUAUUGAGGUUAGUUGUAAGGUUUUUUCUCCGUUUUUCUCUCUAAAACAAAACAAGGUAAACAGUAAAAACGGAGGGGAAACUAAUUUUGAAGUUUCGAACAAACAAAGACAUAUGAGAUGUUUUUUUCGAAAUUAAAAAGAAGGAUGAUGGUUGAAAUUGGCAUAAUUUCAUCUUGCACGAGCUGCACGCAUUUAUAAAAUACACGUCAUCUGGUAAUGAAACACGAUCUGCUGUCUUUUAGUUUUGCCAUGGAUGACAUAGAUGAGAUUUUCCUUCGUGUUUUAGGCAGUACUUAGUUGUUUUUGUUUUGGAAUAACAUCGACAUUGGAGAGUAGCAGAACGAAAAUAUAAUUCAGUGGUAGAGUCAUGGAAGUAAUAAAAGAAACCCUUUGAAAGAGAUGUUUGUCUACUCCAACUAAACCUCCCGCAAAAAUGGCAACAUUUGCCUCUCGGAGACAGCGUACCAGCACAAAGGAACGAGGAAGAAGUGCAAGAAAACAAGUCAAGCCGCCAUAAUUCAGUGACAGCGGCACUGCACAUGUCUAAUGUACAACCGACAUCGCAAGCCCUGACCGAAGUCGAAAACAAGCGACAUUUCUAAGCAGAGUCCCAGUCCACUGCAUCACACCUUUUUGCUCGGACGCGCUCGUUUCACCGCCCAACCUUUAUCCGCCCUGAUCACAGGCUUCCCUCCCCGUCCGCUCGCAAUUUUUAGCUUUCUUUCGUCACGCUGAUAUACCCAACAAGAGACUGAGCCAGUUCACAGGCUAUUGAUGUUUGUGCUUGCGUAGUAGGUUUGAAAGAGCCGUUAGGGCAAUUAGGUGUUGUUUUGCUGGCUGAAAGAUUGUGUUGGAGCGCUCAAGUUCACGAUAAUUUUAACUCUGUAAAGCAUUCUUUACGGGUUAUUAAAAAAAGCAACAUUGAAGACCGUGGAAUGCGAAAAAUAGGUUACUAGAAUCUUAGUGCCUCUUGCAUAUUCUCAGAUAGGAAGUUCGUUUGAUAUAUUCGAAUUCCGGCUUCAGUUCACAUAAUGACUAACCAGUUUCAUUUCGUUUUUUUAAGGUAAUGGCUUAAGACUGAAGGAGAUUUUGGAUACAACUUUGGUAUGCAGAGAGAAAUUUCACGAGAAUGAACCUCUGACAUCCUUCUGUAAUCAGUGUAAAGUGUGUAUUUGUAACAAGUGUAGACAAACUCGUCACAAUAAUCACCCCACGGAGGAUAUCCACCAAGCCGCAGAACAACAUAAAGUUGAUAUCGAAGAGAUUGUACAGGAAAUGAAGAGAGAAAUUGCAGAAUAUAAGGAGCAUUUGGAAAAAACAAGGGAAUCUUUCAAAAGAAGCCGAGAGAGAAUAGCCACAGCUCGCAAUAAAGUAAUGACAUCUGUUGAAGAACUUGUCCGACUUUUAAAAGAACACGAGAAAGCUAUGAUAACCAGUUUAGAUGUCAUCGAAGGAAAAGAACAAAGAGAGCAAGCUGCGCAGCUAGAACAUUUUCAAUUUUCUAUGAAUCAGUUACAAAAACAUAUCGAGUGGUGGGAGGACAUCUUACUGAGGCAAAACAGCGUUGAAAUUUUGCAAGCACAUCACACCCUCGUGGGAAGGUGCAGAGGUCUUUUAAAUUCAGACAAACUGAACAUUUAUAAACCACCGCAUAUAAGAUACCAGACAAAUAAAGAGCAUGACGACAGUUUAAGAGAUGCAAUUCCUGCUUUGGGUCGAGUUGUUGGUAGCAGCACAGAUCCUCUGCAGUCGGUGGCUGAAGGAACGGGGUUGAAGGAAGGUGAGGUCGGAAGGGACGCCUCAUUUAAAAUAACAACCAAAGAUUCGGCUGGAAAACAAUGUUAUGAUGUAGACGAUUAUGUACACGUGAAAGUGCAGACUCCAUCAGGAGAGGAGUUAACCAACGUAAUAGUAGCUGGCAAAGACGGAGAAUACAGCGUCACUUACACCCCAAAUUGUGAUGGACAACAUGACGUACUGGUUGCGGUGAACUGCCAGCCACUGUCUGCUAGUCCAUGGCGUGUACAUGUGGAGCCGCAUAGUUACAAAUCCGUAGUCUCUUUUAAUUUACAGGGAAAAGAGAAAAGACAGUUUAAUCCCUUAGACAUUGCGAUACAUGACAAGCUAAGGAACGUUGCAGUGGCAGAUUACUGGAAUGGUGUACACCUUGUUAAGUUAGAAGGAACAAGUCAUAAGGUUUAUAAAACACACAAACUAACUAUUCCAACUGCAGUAGCAUUUUCCAGGUCAGGUGAACUCAUAGUCAUUGCUUCUAAGAAGAUUUUUCGUUUUAAUGAAAACGAUAAAUUUAUAGGAUAUGUCACCAAAACACACCUCAGGGAACCAAAACAUCUAACCAUUGCACGCGAUGGAUGCAUGGUGGUGUGUGACUGGGGUGACCAUGCAGUCAAGGUUCUGUCCUCUGACGGUUCACAGCUGCUACUCACUAUCAGUGAUCCUGAUAGUACGUGCCCAUGGCUUAGUGUGUGUCAUCAGAACAUGUUUUUUGUCUCCUAUCCUGUUGCAGGUUGCGUUAAGGUAUUCAGCGAGGAUGGUGGGUGUUUGAGAAGUAUCGGGAUGUCCGAAUCUGAUGACGGACGACUGACUCUUCCUCUAGGUCUUGCAAUUGACAGGUUUAAUAACCUAGUAGUGUGCGAUUAUGUUAAAAGGCGGCUUCAGAUUUUCACUGUUGACGGAAAAUUUGUAAACUCAAUAGAAGGACAACACACCGGUUUAUGUGAACCCUAUUCUGUUGCUGUGUCAAGCACUGGCCAGCUGUUUGUUACUGAUGUAGACAGAAACCGAUUGCAUAUUUUCCAGUAA